AAUAUCCUUUUAGUGUCAUUAACAUAACAGAUGUCAUUUCUAGUCUAUCUCUUUCUAUUUCUAUAUAUGGAAAGUUUCAAAAUCAUCAUAUAAUAAUCCAUAAAUUGCAAUAGAAAAGAAAAAGGGAGGUUUGUGAUGAUUUUGAAAUCUUUUCUACUAGGUAAUCUAGUAUCCUUAUGCAUGAAGAUAAUCAAUUCGGUCGUUGUGGUCGGACUCUAUUAUGGAUUUCUGACCACAUUCUCCAUAGGGCCCUCCUAUCUCUUCCUUCUCCGAGCUUACAUUAUGGACGAAGGAGAAGAAGGAACCGAGAAGAAGGUAUCAGCAACAACUGGUUUUAUUACGGGACAGCUCAUAAUGUUCAUAUCGAUCUAUUAUGCGCCUCUGCAUCUAGCACUGGGUAGACCUCAUACAAUAACUGUCCUAGCUCUACCGUAUCUUUUGUUUCAUUUCUUCUGCAAUACUCACAAACACUUCUUUGAUUAUGGAUCUACUAACAGAAAUUCAAUGCGUAAUCUCAGCAUUCAAUGUGUAUUCCUGAAUAAUCUCAUUUUUCAAUUAUUCAAUCAUUUCAUUUUACCAAGUUCAAUGUUAGCGAGAUUAGUCAACAUUUUUAUGUUUCAAUGCAACAGCAAGAUUAUUUUUGUAACAAGUAGUUUUGUUGGUUGGAUAAUUGGUCACAUUAUAUUGAUGAAAUCAAUUGGAUUGUUAGUAGUUUGGAUACGCAAAAAUCGAUCUAUUCGUAAGUACAUUCGAUCUAAUAAGUCCUUUGUGUCAGAAUUGGCAAAUUCUAUGUCUAUAGUUGGUAUCCUUAAUAUUUUAUUAUUUGUUACCUCUUCUUUGGAUUUGCCCAAGAUCUUUGGAAUACAUUUAUUUCUUGCAGGUGUGGCUUGCUUUGGUUUUGGUGCAUUUCACGUAACAGGUUUGUAUGGUCCUGGCAUAUGGGUGUCCGAUCCUUAUGGACUAGCAGGAAAAGUACAAGCUAUAAAUCCAUCGUGGGGUGGGGAGGGUUUUGAUCCUUUUGUUCCGGGAGGAAUAGCCUCUCAUCAUAUUGCGGCAGGGACUUUGGGCAUAUUAGCAGGCCUAUUCCAUCUUAGUGUCUGCCCGCCCCAACGUCUAUACAAAGGAUUGCGUAUGGGCAAUAUUGAAACUGUCCUUUCCAGUAGUAUCGCUGUUGUCUUUUUUGCAACUUUUGUUGUUGUCGGAAAUAUGUGGUAUGGUUCAGCGACUACCCCCAUCGAAUUAUUUGGGCCUACUCGUUAUCAAUGGGAUCAAGGGUACUUCCAACAAGAAAUAUAUAGAAGAGUUAGUGCUGGGUUAGCCGAAAAUCAAAGUUUAUCAGAAGCUUGGUCUAAAAUUCCUGAAAAAUUAGCCUUUUAUGAUUACAUCGGAAAUAAUCCGGCAAAAGGGGGAUUAUUCAGGGCGGGCUCAAUGGAUAACGGGGAUGGAAUAACGGUUGGAUGGUUAGGACAUCCUAUUUUUAGAGAUAAAGAAGGGCGUGAACUUUUUGUACGUCGUAUGCCUACCUUUUUUGAAACAUUUCGGGUCGUUUUGGUAGACGGAGAUGGGAUUGUUAGAGCCGAUGUUCCUUUUCGAAGGGCAAAAUCUAAGUAUAGUGUCAAACAAGUAGGUGUAACUGUUGAGUUCUACGGUGGUGAACUCAAUGGAGUCAGUUAUAGUGAUCCUGUUACUGUGAAAAAAUAUGCUAGACGUGCUCAAUUGGGGGAAAUUUUUGAAUUAGAUCGUGCUACUUUGAAAUCCGAUGGUGUUUUUCGUAGCAGUCCGAGGGGUUGGUUUACUUUUGGACAUGCUUCAUUUGCUUUGCUCUUCUUCUUCGAACACAUUUGGCAUGGUGCCCGAACCUUGUUUAGAGAUGUUUUUGUUGGUAUUGACCCAGAUUUGGAUGCUCAAGUAGAAUUUGGAGCAUUCCAAAAACUUGGAGAUCCAACUACAAGAAGACAAAUAGGUUGAUAUAACAUUUCUUUGGUGUCUUUCGAAUCUAUUUUAUUUUUUUGAUAUAGGGUACCAAUCUUGAUUUGCAUCGUCAUUUUUUUGUUACUCUUGCUCUUUCUUUAUUCGGGAUAUGAUCCCCCAAAAAAGAAACAAAAAAUAAA